GAGUCAGUGUCCCUCAGUUGAUGAGAGCAGAGUGCAGGGCACCACAGUGCCUCCAGUCCAGUCCUAGCCAUGGACAUAGAGAAAGUCAACGCCAUGGACUUCGGUGAAUUUGUGGAUGUGUUUGGGAACGUCAUUGAAAAGUGUCCCCUGAUUGCAGCUGCCGUCUGGUCCCAGCGUCCCUUCUCUGGCUUGGAAGACUUAGAAAACCACUUCUUUGCCUUUAUUGAUGCUCUUCCAAGAUCAGGCCAGGAGGGCAUCCUGCGUUGUCACCCGGACCUAGCGGGCCGUGAUCUGCAGCGGGGCACGCUCACCCCUGAGUCGCAGCGUGAACAGAGCCACGCCGGCCUCACCAGCCUGGACGCCGACGACCGGCUGCAGCUGCAGCGCCUCAACGCCCGGUACCGCGAGCGCUUCGGCUUUCCGUUCGUGCUGGCAGCUCGCCUGAGCGACCGCGCCGCAGUGCCCAGGGAGCUAGCCCGCCGGCUGCACUGCCAGCCCGAGUCCGAGCUGCGCACUGCCCUGGGCGAAGUGAAGAAGAUCGGCCACCUGCGCCUGGCAGAUUUGUUCGGCAGCGCCAACCCUGCCAGGGUGGAACCGCCACGGGCCUGGGAAUCAGAAAAACAGCAGGUUGCGAGCUUAUCCCUGCGGGAAAGGGGACAAGGGCGAGUACUCGAAGAUUCUUCCGAAGACAGCGGAGCGCUGGCAGCCCGAAGGCCAGCGCCGGAUGUGAGACGUGCGCAGGACGCCAUCCGGGACAAGUGA